AUGCCUCAGAAAUACUCAUUCUUGCCGCAUCAGAGCGCGCUGGAAAAAGCCCCUGCGCUUGACCAGUACGACCUGAGCGCGAAUGAACAGCAGUUUCUUUCGGCAGGAUGGCCUGAGCCAAUAAUCACGCCCUCGCAGACUCUGGCUUACUUCCCUAGACGAAUGGCCGAGAUUUUCUGCAAUGGAUGUGACUUUACUACGGGUCAUCUGGAUGGGUAUCACACCUUACCUCAAGGUCCCGAUGCAUCCUACAGCCUAAACCAACCAUAUAUUGCCGAAAAGCAGCCUGUUGUGGCAUCGCAAGCCUUGCCAGGAACAUCAACAUUGCCGUACGUGGAGGCAGGGGCAGGCUCUGCAGCUUAUGAGUUCGUUCCCGCGCAAGUUGCUUCAAGCCUUGAUACCUUUUCGCAUGCCGUGGAACUGCAAACAUCGGAAUUUUUCCAGGAUGGAUUCCUACCUGAGCACAACGCCAACUUCUCUGCAUUCUUCACGGAUCAAGUACUGAAACCAGAGACGGGACUGAUCGGCCCCUUGCCCAUACCCGAUCAAAGCGGGUUGAUGCUUAGUGCGUCAUGUCAGGAUAAUUACGGGUUCGGCACUUUUGUUGCGGCGGGAUCGCCUUCAGGGCAAGGAAUAGGUUCAUCCAUGCUGUCAUCCGACGGAUCAGGUAUACUCAUGGUCACCGGGAGCCUCGUAGAAACGCUGCCUCAACAGUCCUGGGUUGACACAAGCUCCAACGCCCAUCAAACAAGUUUUGACAUCAUCUUGCCGAACCAACGAGGGGGGAAGCGAGGUCCUUUCAAAGAUCCUACUCUGCGAGAACAGACUGCGCAGACACGCAAGAUUGGAUCAUGCAUUCGGUGCAGGAUGCAGAGGAUACGUUGUGAACAUAACCCAGAAGAGCCGGGCGGAGCCUGCCUGACGUGCAAAAAAGUCUCCAACGUAAAGGCUGGGCGAUUCCCUUGUUUGAGAUACAAAAUCACCGACAUAAGGCUAUUCAAGCCCGGACAAGUCCCAGGAUACGAAUGGACACGAAGGUGGAAUAACAAUAUUUCUGAUCCGAUUCAAAAGUGGGCAUCCGCAGAAGUCAAGUUCAUACGCAUCUCGUCUGGGUUUACAAAAAAAUGCAUUCAGCUGCCGGUUCGGAAGUUUAUACCUCAGGAUGGUGACAAGACAGAACGCACCUGGGAUUAUAACGGGUCCAAGAGAUCAGUCAAAGUGCCGCCAUACGCUCUGAUGGAUCUGGAAGACGGCAAAACAGCCUACAUGAGGCACAUCUCGGACGCGAUGGGCGACACUAUCAAGCACAUAGCCGACCGGUCGAGCGGUUUGCUGCGGAAGACGUAUGUCGAAGCCUUUCGCAUGUACCAAGACGCCACGAUACCCGAAGAAUGGAAGCAGCUGCUUGACUGGACGUUUCGGUUGUGGGUCGCUGUUCGACUUUCGACAAAUUCAGACUUCAUCGUUGGUGAAGAGAAGCUUGGCAUGGCAGACGACAUUUUGGAUGCAACGAGUCCCAAUGCCGGAAAGAUUCCCGUGCCGCCGGUGCUCGGUGCCCAGCUGGAUCUAGUCCUCAUUCACCAUAUUCAGACUCGACUCAGACGCGAGUUGCUUGAUAAGUUACAGAAGAUGGUGUUGAAGAACCGGCAAUGCACGUGGUUUGUGACUUAUUUGGUGACGUUUAUUCUGCUGCACAAUGCAGCGCUAAUCAUAGCCCAUGACGCGGCAUACGCUCGAAAGCAUGGAAUCAGACGUCGAUUUGCGCGCGAAGACAAAGUCAAAGAAUACCAUCUUGGAGCCAACAUUCUUCUGGCUCAUUUCCACUAUUGCAACAAGGGUUGGUAUCCAUUCUCGGACGAGUGCAAGGACCAAGAUUUGCGCUCACUAGCAGAUCUGGACGAGGAGAAGAUUCGGUUCGUGCAUGAGACGAGGAAGUUUGCCAAGGAGCACGAGCGAGAAUGGGAGCAGGUUCGGGAGAAGGGCGCGUGGGAGCAUGAUUACUUCUUUGUCAGCCAGCUGUUUCAAGAGAACUGGCAUCCCCGAACCGAGUCAUGA